GACGAAGCCAGCUUACAGGGGGCAGAAGACCUGCAGCUGGUUUUGCUCAGCUUCGCUGCGACGACCCAGGAGCAGAUCAAUGAGCUCGUGAUCUCUGCUCGUUCCGGCGAUCAUCAGAAAGUGAAAGACAUGUUGACGAGGCCACAGGAUCCAGAUUCAUCCAAUGCUGCUGGAAACAGACCUCUGAUUGCGGCGGCAGCAAGUGGGCAUGCCGAAACUGUUGCAUUGCUCUUAGCUGCUGCCGCUGAUAAGGACCUCUCUGACGCAGACCGAAACACUGCCUUGAUUCUCGCGAGUGCUUUCAAGAAGCUAGAGGUCGUAGAAUUGCUGGUGGAGGCUGGUGCUUACCUAGACGCAGCAAACCACAACGGCACGACGGCGUUGAUGGCGGCAUCUAGGAAAGGCUACGAUGAUAUCGUUGCAGUGCUCUUGAGCAGGAGAGCCCAAACAGACUUGGCUGACAAUGCCGGAAAUACUCCUCUGAUCUGCGCAGCAGAGGAGGACCAUGUGAAGACCGUGAGUUUGUUGUUGGAGGCCGGCGCGCGGGCGAACCUGGCCAACCACUUGGGCAGAACGGCUCUCCUCGUAGCGUCGGAGCAGCGCUCCGCGGAGAUCCUGAAGACUCUUUUGUCCGCCCGUGCUGCCUUGGACAUGACUGACGCUGAUGGGAACACCGCUCUAAUUCUGUCAUCGGAGAACAAUCGAGUGAACCUGAUGGGCUUGCUCUUGGCAGCGAGCGCGUCCAUGGAUGCAGCGAACCACGACGGUAAGACGGCGCUGAUUGUGGCGGCUGAAGCGGAUUCAGUAGGAGCGGUGCGCUUGCUCCUCCUGGCAGGAGCAGAUGAGAGCAAGGUCGACAAGGAGGGCAACACAGCCCUGAGAGCUGCAUCGGGUAACUUUUGCUCCACCAUCGUAGGCCUUCUCGUGGAGGCCGGUGUGGGCAUAGAUGUGGCGAAUCGCUUUGGCAAAACAGCCCUGAUCUCUGCUGCUGAGCACGGCUUCCUCGACGGUUUGCAAUUGCUGCUGAAAUCCCGCGCUGAUAAAGAGCUGACUGACAAUGAAGGCAACACAGCACUCAUCUCUGCUGCUGCAAACAAGCAGAACUUCUGCGUGCGAUGCUUGUUGCAUGCCAAGGCCAACCCUGAUGCAAGGAACCAGAAUGGCAAGACCGCCCUGAUCUACUCUGCUAUCCACGGCUUAGACGACAACGUGACGCUGCUCUUAACAUGCGGUGCUGACCGGAAUCUGUGCGACAGCAAUGGCCGCACAGCUCUAGAUUCUGCGAAGUCACUCGAGCACUGGAAAGUUGUACAGAUGCUGCAAAGCUGGACCAAUGGGGAAGCUGUGACCCGUCGCAUGUCUUUUCUGCAGACUUCCCUGGAAAGCUUUCGGACCCUCCGAUCUCUGGUUCAGGGCCUUAGAAUCGAUGUGUGCGGCCGUGGCAGCUGA